AUGUCUCGGCCGGUCAAUGGCGUCCAGGGCCCACGUGAUCUGUCGGUCGUCAAUGCGAAGCGUCAACUCCUGCCUGGGCCUCAAUUAUUGCACGAACUCAUAGCGACGCCGUCUGAAGAGAAGGUCAUUCUGGACUUUCUGCAGGCGGACGACAGACGCAUUAGUCUUAGCUACCGCGAAUUCCACCGCCUAACAGAUCUGCUGUCCCGAGACAUCAAGGAGUAUGUAUCACCCCAAGAGGAUGCCAGGUGUAUUAUUCCCGUCAUUAUACCGCAGUGUCCAGAACUAUAUGUGGCAUUGGUGGCCGUAUUGAAGUCUGGCUCUGCUUUUUGUCCAGUCAGUCACGAUGUGCCUCCCGAGAGACUAAAGUUCAUCCUCCAAGAUGUUCAAUCCACCUUCGUUCUGACUACCACCGCCACCAUGGCAUCCUUCGAAGAUGCUCUGACAAAUGUCAAAUGCAAGAUUGUAUCUUUGGAAAGGCGCCCAGAAACAUCGCGGUCUCCAGAGAUGAAUGACGCGCAUCCUCACCGCCGCCAGUGCCUGGACCCCUCCACUCCGGCAUAUAUCAUGUACACAUCAGGUUCCACAGGAGUUCCAAAGGGCGUCGUAGUAUCACACUGGUCAGUGACCCAGUCAUUACUUGCGCACGACGAGCAUAUCCCCCGUUUUAAACGAUUUCUACAAUUUGCUUCACCCACGUUCGACGUAUCCAUAUUUGAGAUAUUCUUUACAUUCUUCCGGGGAGCGACUUUGGUAGGCUGUGAACGCGACCGAAUGCUUACUGAUCUACCUGCGACUAUUCGGGUGCUAGACGCUGACGCUGCGGAGCUCACGCCGACGGUAGCGGGAACGUUGUUGAGAACUAGGAAGGCGGCUCCUUGUCUGAAGACGCUCCUGACAAUCGGAGAGAUGCUCACUGCUCAGGUCGUCUCUGAAUUUGGAGGCAGCUCAGAUCGGUCAAGCAUGCUGUAUGCUAUGUACGGCCCCACGGAGGCGGCAAUUCACUGUACGUUGGCCCCCAAGCUCGCUGCUGAUGCCUCUGUACGCUGCAUUGGGAGACCGCUGGCGACCGUGACUGCCUUUGUCCUCAGGGAAGAUGAAGCACUUGAGAUCGCACCUGUCGGCGAAUCGGGGCAGCUCGCGAUUGCGGGCCAACUUGCUGACGGAUACUUGAACCGGCCAGAACAAAACCAAGCGGCCUUUGUUGAACUGGCCGGCUAUGGGCCAAUCUAUAAAACCGGUGAUAGAGCAAUUUGUCGUCCAAAUGGGGAACUAGAGAUCCUGGGACGUAUGACAUCUGGCCAAGUCAAGCUCAGAGGCCAAAGGGUUGAGUUGGGAGAAAUCGAAGGUAUCGCCUCGAAGACUGAUGGUGUUCACCUUGCCACUGCAAGCAUCAUUGACGAUGUCGUGGUCCUAUUCUGUGCUGCGAGACACGAUGUUGUGGCUCCUGACGUCGUCGCUCAGUGCAAAUCAUGGUUACCACCAUACAUGCGUCCCGGCGAGAUAGUGCUCAUUUACGACGACGUUCCACGACUGCCUUCCGGGAAGAUUGAUCGCAAAGCACUGGAACGCCACUAUCGAGAGCAUCGAGCACCGACCAAUCCCCCAAACUCAUUUAAGAACCCAGUAGAGGAGGAUGUGGCUCGAGCCUUGAACGCAGAGUUGAGAUGCCAGGUUGACAGAUUGACCUCUUUCUGGUCACUAGGGGUUGAUUCCCUUCGGGCCAUUAAGAUCGCAUCCCGACUGCGCCAAAAGUACAGUUGUGUCAAUGCCGCGAUGAUAUCAGAAGCCGAUAAUGUGGUCAACCUUUCAACCCUUAUCGCUGAGUCAACUGCCGCGAAAAGGGGGACGACUGCGCUUGAAUAUGAGACGUCCGAUCAAUGGCAAGCAAUCAAGCUGCAGCUGCUACAAGAUCCGAGCAUCUCAAGCCUCAAAACGCGAUACGAAAAGUUCUUGCCUUGCAGUAGCAUGCAGGUAGCAAUGUUGGUUGAAACCGCCACGAAGUUGGAGCGGAACUUUAAUGAAAUCUGGCUCAGACUCGCGCCGGGAUCGACAUUGAGUGACCUGCGUCGGGCGUUCAACAAGCUCGCCAGGACAAAUGAGAUUUUGCGAUCCGGGUUCGUCCCGACAGGCAGGCAGGAGAUGCCCUUUGCUCAGAUUGUUUGGCGCGACCUCGCAGAGGAUCCAGAGUUAAGUCUUCUGCAUCCCCUGCAGCUGGCAAACUCCGAAACGAACGACGAGAGAGACGUCCUUGUUCGAAUUCACCAUGCUUUGUAUGAUGGCUGGUCCUGGGAUUUGAUCCUAGACGACUUAAAUGCCAUCUUGUCCGGAGACGACGCGCCUACCAGGACACAGUUCCUCGAAUUUCGAUCGCAUGAGUACUGCCGACUGUGCUCGGAGAGGGCGGGAAAUAUUGAAUAUUGGCGUGAUCAACUUCAAGACUUCAAGCCCUCUGUCUUUCCGGUUAUAUCGCCAUUUCUGUCAGACAAACCAAGCAGGGCAUCGACGGAGUUCCCACUUUCGGUUACUUAUGAACAGCUCUCACACUUUGCGUCGGCAUUGCGCUGUAGCCGGGAGACGGUUUUGGAGGCAGCAUGGGCUCUUCUCCUCUCAUCAUACCUUGAUCACGCGGACGUCUCCCUUGGAGUAGUUGUGGCCGGUCGCCAUUUCUCUCUUCCAGGUAUCGAGUCCGUCAUCGGCCCUUGUCUAUCUCUAUUCCCUCUUCGCGUUAAUAUUAGUGCCCUAAGGACAGUACAUGACCUUCUCAAUCACGUCCAAAGACAACGCAAUGAGUGUCUACGACACGGAAGCAUCACUCUACGAGACAUUCACAGUGUGGCAGGUCUCCAUUCCGGAGCCAGGCUGUUCGAUACGCUGUGUGUUUGGCAACAAGGCAAUGAAGAAAAUUGCAGAAAUCGCUCCAAAGUCACGACUGUGAAGACACAUGAUGCCUUGGAAUAUGCAAUAGUGCUAGAAUUCGAGCCCCUCCAGGGCCAAAUUUAUUUGAAGUUGACUUUCGACACGAAGCUCAUUCCAAAAGGCCAUGCGCAACUUUUGGCUCGUCAGCUCGACCACGCUACCACUCGAAUCAUGAGCGACCGAGACCUCGGGUUGAAUUGUCUUUGGCAAAAUUUUGACAAGGAUACCAUGUCUAUGGCCAACACCAGCUUCCAGAAAUUCAGCGGAGAUUUCGAUCUGACAGCCACCAUCUCAAAACUUGCAGAGUCAUGUCCCGGGAAAGCGGCCGUUGAGUUUGUGCAUGGCAUCGAUGCACGCACGAAUCGAUUGGAUAAAGAAACUCUUACCUACGGUGAUCUCUACAAACGCGCUAGGAUCGUUGGCUGCGUAUUGCGCACUGUGUACAAUGUGCAGAUAGACGAUCUUGUGUGCUUAAUAGGCCCUCGUUCGAUAUACCUCUACAUUGGCAUACUUGGGACCAUCAUGGCUGGAGGAGCAUACAUGUGUAUCGACCCUCGAACGCCGGCAGCUCGAGCCCGCCAAAUCUUGAGCGAAGCCAGAUGCAGGCUGACCUUAAUAGUGGAUGAAGUAUGUGGACUAGCGGAAACUGACGCAUCGACAUCUGUGUCCAUAACUAGCCUGCUGGAGCAUCAUUGCACGGCCGAUAUCCGCAACAACCCGUCUUGGAACGGUGAUCAGCUAGCGUACGCCGUCUUCACCUCUGGCAGCACUGGCGUUCCCAAGGGCGUCCUCCUUACUCGUCGAAACCUGCUCAGCAACCUCGAGGAGCUCUCUCGUAUUUACCCAUGCGAACCUGAGACGGACCGGUUACUGCAAGCCUGUUCACCAGCAUUCGACGUCUCCGUCUUCGAGAUCUUCUGGGCUUGGCAUAGCGGGAUCACGUUGUGCACAGCCUCCAAUGAUGUUUUGUUGAGAGACCUCGAACUCUUUAUCAGACAGCUGGAUAUAACGCAUUUGAGUAUGACCCCUUCGGUGGCUGCUCUUGUUCGACCUGGCAAUGUCCCGCACGUAAAAAUGCUGGUCACUGCUGGAGAGCCUAUGAACUCGAAGGUCUUUUCAGAUUGGUCCGACCACGGACUGUAUCAAGGUUACGGCCCCAGCGAGACGACAAACAUAUGUAAUGUUCGACCCCGUGUCUCGAAGUCUGAUAUGCUAAAUAAUGUUGGUCCUCCGCUACCCAACACGUCCGUCUUUAUUUGUCAAAGGCAAGCAUCGAGACCACCCGCUGCCUCCGAUAUGCUCGGUGAUCCAUCUUUCUUACAAUUUCAGCCGGUUCUAAAGGGGGGAGUAGGGGAGAUAUGGAUCGGUGGAGAACAGGUGGGACGCGGAUAUCUUGAUCAGACGCUGACCUCGAAGAGCUUUUUCGAUCAUCCCGAAUAUGGUCGACUUUACCGCUCGGGAGACAUUGGAAGGCUUCUUUGUGAUGACUCUCUAGUCAUAUUGGGCCGCGAGGACGAUCAAGUCAAGCUCCGAGGUCAGAGGAUUGAGCUCGGAGAGAUUAAUUCUGCUCUGGUCAAGUGUGAUGAAGUCGAUGAUGCAGUAUCCUUGGUCAUUGACAAGCGAGACGGCACCGCUAGCCUUGUUGCUUUCUGGAUUCCACGUCGGUCAAACGGCUCGAUGAGCUCCCGCGACGUGAACAACGCCAUUUUUGAAACAUUGGCCAACAACUUGCCAGAUUACAUGAUACCGGAUAGCCUUCUCCGCCUUGACAGGAUACCUCUGACACGACAAGGCAAGGUUGAUCGCAAGGAUCUGCUCGCUUUGUAUCGAAGUCUUGACGCAGAACAGCUUCAGGCCACAUCGAGAGGGAGCAAGCCUUCAGAAGAUGUCAAUCACCUUUCCGAAUCCGAACGCGAGAUCGCUCGUGUCGUUGCAGAUGCGCUUGGUGCCAGCCCUGAGAAGAUCAAUCGUACUACCUCUUUCUAUGCCCUUGGUCUAGAUUCGAUCAGCGCCAUACGCGUCUCACGAGCUCUACGAGAUCAUUACCCCGCGGUCGAGAUAUCAUCAUUACUGCAAAAUCCAUCCAUCGGCCAACUAAUGAGGUUUAUCAAGAGACUUGUUCCAGAGCUCCAUAGAGGGCACAGCGAGAACGAUUUGAGCCGACUCUUUAGCGCUUGGGAAGACAAAAUCCGUAGUCUCUAUUCCCAAGUGGGGCUAGAAGUAGAAAGGCUCCUUCCAUGUACGCCUUUGCAAGAGUUCAUGGUGACCAGCUCGAUGAAUGUUUCUUCUCAAGCCUAUCAGAACACUUUGCGAUUCAACAUCUAUGGCAGCAUGUCGAAGCUACGACAGGCGUGGGAACAUGCACUUGCAAGACAUCAGAUUCUCCGCACUGGCUUUGUUGCAACUGACUCCGCGGAUUCUCCUUUUGCACAAGUAGUGUUGAAGAAUUUUCAGCUUCCGUGGCUAGAAGGAGACGCGCACAAUGCGAACUAUGCUUUGGAUCAUCUUAUGCUCCCGCCAUGGUCUCUUACAGCCAAACGGAAUAAAGAAGACAAGUGUGAGCUGAUUCUACAAAUGCAUCAUGGUCUGUACGAUGCAGAGGCAAUGGCCAUCCUGUUGGGCGAUAUUCAAUCCUUCUACCAUGGUCACCAACUCCCUCCAACAACCCCCUUCGAUAGCUACCUGUUAUUUAUGGAAGCCUCGAACACUGAUGCCACAUACGAUUUCUGGCGCAGAAAAUUACAGGGUGCUGCUUUGCGGAAGCUAAGCGAAGUUAUAUUGCCCCAGGAUAAGACCGUCCCCAAUACCCAUUUGUUGGUGGAACGAAGGGCCACCAUCGGUGUUUCUGAAUUUCAAGGAUGUGCGCGAAAGAUACUUUCGACACCACUAGCGGUAUUUCAAGCCCCAUGGUGCCGACUUCUUUCUUGUGUCUUCGAGAGCCAAGAUAUUUGCUUUGGCAAUGUCCUUAGCGGCCGCAACCUUCCGAUUAACGGCGUGGCGAGCAUGGUUGCGCCCUGCUUUAAUACGGUUCCAGCGAGAGUCCAAUUGAAGCUCGACGAAUCCAACCAGGAAUUGUGUAACCGCAUUCAUCAGAUGAAUGUUGAGACUCUCCCGUAUCAACCGAGCUCGCUUCGCCGAAUCCAGCGGGAGAUCGACACCCAGGGCAGAUCAUUAUUUGAUACACUGGUUUUGCUGCAACAAGAUGAACUGCAGCUCGAUCAUCAGAUUUGGACCCUGUUUGAGGAAUCAGGAGUCAUGUCCUUUCCUUUCAUUCUUGAAAUCGCGAUGAAUACAAAGGCUGAUACAAUCGCCCUCAAAUUGCAUUCUGAGGUUGCCGACAGGAACAUUUUGAGUAAGUUUCUGGACGCGUAUGACGCUCUCCUCAUGCACAUCGCCAAAUAUCCGCAGGCCAGAGCGUCGGACUAUUCGCUUAUUGCCGGAAUGUUGCCGAGGCUACAGCCUUCGAAACCGUUUACGGUCCGUGCUGGCUCAUUGGCCUCAGUCCCAAUCGAGGAACAGGUUCACGUGAAUGAAGAGCUGUCUCGCACAGAGAUAUUGGUCAAGGACAUACUCGUGCAAUUGAAACCAAGUGCUCUUCCGAGGAUUUUCAGAGAUACUACAAUAUUUCAUCUGGGUUUCGACAGCAUCAAUGCUGUGCAGAUUGCGGCGAGGCUACGGAAAGGGGGAUUCGACGUAUCCACUGGUGCCAUUUUGGAAGCUGCAAGUAUCAGAAAUAUUGCUAGUCUUUGCGAAUUCAGGGCCCCAAAAGCCAAAGAGCGUGCACUGUUCGACCUUGAUUCCUAUGAAGAGAGCUGUCGCAGAUCGAUUUGUCUAAAUAACGACCUCGACGAAACAAGAGUUCGCUCCAUAUGGCCCUGCACACCCACUCAAUCAGGCAUCCUUUCGCAGUUCAUUCGAUCGAAUUAUAAGCUUUAUCUUAAUCACAUGCGUUUCAGGUUGGAAAACAGUGUGGAUUUAUCGCGGUUGAGACACGCUUGGUCCGUCGCCCUGAAAGCGCAUGCAAUGCUAAGAACUGGCUUCGCUGAAACGGAUGACCCCAGGAUUCCAUUUGUCAUGAUAGUCUAUCAUCCGGAUGCUGUACAGCUGCCGUGGGUCGAUGAUUUAACGCCACGUCAGCAAGAAGCCCUAGGGAGAUUCGGAAAGAUGUGCAGUCUCACAGAACCGCCAUGGCUCAUUCAGGUGUCCUCUACGGGUCCCUUACGGACUCUUGAAAUCUCUAUGCUGCAUGCACUUUACGACGCUCACUCUCUAGACAUCAUACUGGGCGAUGUUGCUCGUAUAUACGCAGGCGUACAGUUAUCAGAGGUCACUCCACUUGCCCCGGCCGUUUCAAAUAUCUUAGCCUUGAGCAGAGACGAAAGCGCGAAGGAGUUCUGGUUGGGUGUAUCGGCUGAUAUGUGCUCGACUCGCUUCCCCGACAUGGGCGUAUAUCAUCACGAAGGCGAUGACUAUCGCGUGGCGACACGACGGUGCAGCCUAUCGCUGACAGUUCUCGAGGAUGAAUGCGCGAAUGCGGGCGCGACAAUGCAAGCUCUAUUCGCUGCAGCCUGGGCUGUGAUACUUUCGGCAUAUACUGCUCAGGACUACGUCACCUUUGGCAUUAUACUUUCUGGUCGGGAUUUUGACGAAGAAGAGAACAAGGUUGCAUUUCCUUGCAUCACCACUGUGCCAUUUGCGAUCAGAGUUUCUCAAGAUAGCUCAAACCUUCUGCAACGAGCUAUUCGGCGAUGCGCUGGUGUAUUCAAACACCAGCAUAGUCCAGUAAACUCGAUCAAGCGUUGGGCGCAAGUUGAAGAUGAUCUGUUCGACACCGUGAUCGUUGUGCAGAGAUAUAACGCUGGACAAGGACCGAAGAGGCCAUGGACACUUAUCCAAGAUGAUGCAACCGCUGAAUACACGAUCUCUUUGGAGAUCAUCCCCCGAGAGAAUGACGCGCUUGAUCUUCAGAUAAUAUUCCGUGAAAAGUUGAUACCACCAGAGCAAGCUGCCUAUAUCCUCCAGGAAUUCGAUGCAGUGAUGGAGAGUAUACUCACUCAACCGAAUCAUCCUUUGAAGCUUCCAGAAUCUGUCCUCUCGGUCGUGCCCGCCAAAGAAGAGCGGAUUCCUAGUGCCGUCCGCUACCUCCAUGAAUUCGUGGAGCUGACGGCAAAGCAGAAACCAAACAGUAUUGCCCUAGAAUUCGUGCAAAGCCUGCAUGGAAAUACUCCAACGAAACAAAUUUGGACAUACGCCCAGUUGGAUUCAAAUGGCAACCGAAUCGCUCGACUGCUCCAGGGAAAAGGAAUCAAUGUUGGAGAUCUUGUGGCUGUUUGUUUCGAUAAAUGUGCAGAAGCUUCAUUUGCAAUAUUGGGAGUGCUCAAACUAGGGUGCGGUUACAUUGCCAUUGACCCGGGCGCACCAACUCCCCGGAAGGAAUUCAUCUUCCGCGACUCUGGCUGCGAAAUUGUGCUUACGACGGACGACAAGACACUAGAGUUCAACGCAAUUUCGGGUAUAUCUGCUUUAGCAAUUGAUAACGCCAUUUGGCAAGAGUUGUCUGGCGAAAAGCCUUUGCUCACGAAAGAGCUACAUGUGCAAGAUACCUGCUACUGUCUGUACACUUCAGGAACUACAGGGACACCGAAAGGCUGCUUGAUCAGCCAUGACAGCGCUGUCCAAGCAAUGUUGUCGUUUCAGCGGAUUUUCUGUGGUAGAUGGAAGGAAUCAUCUCGGUGGUUGCAGUUCGCAUCUUUUCAUUUCGAUGUCAGUGUGCUGGAACAAUACUGGAGUUGGAGUGUGGGCAUAAUCGUGACUUCCGCUCCUCGAGAUCUAUUAUUCGAAGAUCUUCCGGCAACUAUCAACGCCCUCGGGAUAACGCACCUUGACCUCACCCCCAGUCUAGCAAGGUUGCUCACGCCUGAGGAAGUACCCAGCCUCUGUGAAGGAGUCUUUAUCGUUGGCGGCGAACAAGUCAGCCAGGAUAUUUUGGAAACCUGGGGCGAUACAGGUUGUCUCUACAAUUUCUAUGGGCCGAGCGAAGUGACAAUUGGCUGCACGGUGCAUCGGCAAGUACCUAAGAAUGCGAAGUCUACCAAUAUUGGUCAACAAUGGGACAAUGUGGGCUCCUUUGUUCUGGAGCCCACUUCACAGACGCCAGUUCUCCGCGGUGCCAUUGGCGAGCUUUGUUUGUCUGGACCUCUUGUUGGGAAAGGUUAUCUCAACCGACCUGAUCUUACAACGGAGAAGUUCAUCGUGCUGGCGGAAUACAGUACCAGAGUCUACCGAACUGGUGACCUUGUCCGCCUCCUGCAUGACAACAGCUUUGAAUUUCUGGGCAGAAUCGAUGACCAGGUUAAGCUACGUGGGCAGCGUCUGGAAAUUGGGGAGAUUAAUCAUGUCGCUAUGGGCGCCGAUAAUAGCAUUAAGAGUAUGGCUACCAUGGUGUUGAAACACCCGACACAACAAAAGGACCAGCUAGUGACUUUCUUCUCUACAGCUCAAAGGCGGGCGAAGAACGAGAAACCUUCGAUUGUAGCAACCAAGGAGAUGAAGGAUCUGGCUGCGAGGAUUCGAAUGAACUGUGCUGAUAAAUUGCCAGCGUACAUGGUGCCUUCAUACAUUCUCGCGGUUUCGUCUCUACCUUUGUCAGUCAACAACAAGGUUGAUCAUAAAUCACUCAAAGCAAUGUACGAGGAAAAUCCGGCAGGCUCAGCACAAGGCGAACCAGGCGCAAAUUAUGGAUCUGCGACGGACGACCUCCAACCUUACAAUGAGGUGGCUAAUGUGCUGGCAUCUUUCCUACAAAUUCAGUUGUCAGACAUCAAGCCGACUUCAAGAUUAUUCGAACUUGGACUGGAUUCUAUCUCAGCUAUCGGGCUCUCCAGAGUUUUCAAGCGGCAGGGAUUCCAGAACGCCGAAGUAGGUAUAAUUCUCAAGCAUUCUGUCAUCCAAGAUCUAGCUCGAGUCAUUACUCGAGAGCCCGCCGCGCAGCAAACCGAGGCUGUGGAGACUGCUCGCAAGAAUAUUCGAUCAUUCGGUGACAUCCAUUUGGGGGAAAUAUCACGAAUUAUGGAUGUUUCGCAGGAGAAAAUUGAGAGCAUUACACCUUGUACACCAUUACAAGAAGGCAUGAUUUCCAAGGUCAUGCAGAGUGGACCGGAUGACACGGUUUAUUUCUCCUGCUUUCUCUUCGAGCUUCUUCCGAACACCGACAUCCAACGACUGAAAAGUGCGUGGGAGGCAGCUCAGCGGUCAAUCUCUAUCCUAAGGACAUGCUUCGUGUCCACAGCAGAUGGGUUUGCUCAAGUUGUACUGCGUAAGUGCGACAGCGCGGUCAAUCUGAUCGACCUCAAAGCUAGAGAUAGAGAAAUCUACAACGUAUCGGACUCCUCAUUCAAGAAUUGGGUCACAUCUGUCAGAUCUCUAUCAUCAUUAUUGCCAUGGAAAGUCGAGUUGUCAAAGUCUAGCCACGGUGGUUUCAUGACCCUUCAAAUCUUUCAUGGGCUCUACGAUGGAAACAGUCUUCCCAUACUGCUGAAGCAAGUCAAACAACUGUACAAUCAUCCUGAGGAGGCACUCAAGCUCAAGAUACAGUUCUACGAAGCAUUGCCCUACGGUCCAUUAUGUCACUUGCCGAACGAGAAGGAAUUCUGGUCGUCGCACCUCGCUCUUAUCAAGCCACACAAACUUCCGAUAGCCUAUCCAGAGCAUGUGGGAGAUGCUCAUUGCGUUGUCCUGAGGGAUCAUCUGAGGAUUGAACACCUACACUACCUGUGCAAUCAACUGAACGUUACGAUCCCAGCUUUUUUCCAGGCCAUUCUGCUCUAUGUGAUGCAGAAAGCAUUCAAUGCCAGCCCCACAAUUGGUGUGGUGGUGUCAGGCAGAGCCACGGCCAGAGAAGAAAUAGAAAAUGUCAUCGGCCCGAUGUUCAACACUAUUCCAUGUGCUAUCAAUUCUCUCAGAGCCGGAGCGGCUGUUUCCGAUCUCGUUCAAGCCUGUCAUCAAUUUAAUGUUGAUAGCAUACCUUAUCAGCAUACGCCUCUGAGGAAGAUUGUUCAAUAUGUUGGACAGAAUACGAACCAGAGUCUCUUCGACACUCUGUUUGUUUUCCAAAAGACCUCAGUGGAACUUGAUGACAGCGCGUUAUGGCGAGAAAUUCCAACGGAGAGCUUUCCAGAUUAUCCUCUAAACAUCGAGGUAGAGCAGAAAGGUACCGAGUUCGUUGUCACCCUGGUCGCAAAGCCUCAAUACCUGGAUAAGGAAGCGGCCAGCCGGUUUCUAAAUAUGUACGCCGAUGUCGUUCGCAGGCCGGAAGAGAUAGAAGCAACCCUGCCUACCGAUUUCUGCGGAGUACAAUCCUCGUUGACUCGGAACGAAGAUUACAAGACGGAUCUGCCAGCCUCCAACGAUGCCCGUUAUGUGGAUGAUGACACCCCUUUGAGCAGCACAGAGACACUGAUCCGGUCCGAAAUUGCUAAGCUCGCUUCCGUUGAAGAAAGGACGAUUUAUCGUCACAGACCAACAAUCUUUGAAUUAGGUCUCGACAGUAUAGAAGCAAUGAGACUCGCAGCUCGGGUCAAACAGGCUGGCUUGAGAGUCGCCGUCAGCGCAAUCAUGAGAUCGCCCACCGUUGCGGGCAUUGCUGUGGCGGCCACCUUAGGCGCAGAAAGCCGAGUGGCAACCCACAAGGGGGGCAAAGUGUCCUCUAUUGGGGACCGUCAGACCAGCUAUCGACAUAUGCUUCAAGGUCAUGGGAUCGACCUGGAAAGUGUGGAGUGCAUCCUUCCAGUCACACCGAUGCAGGAAGGUCUUCUUCUAGAAUCGGACAAGUAUCUGAAUGCCAUGACUUUCAAAUUGAACUCAAAAAUUGAUAUCGAGAGACUUAUCAGAGCUUGGCAAAGCGUCUCACGAACAGAGCCAAUCCUGAGGACUCAUUUUGCACUCAUUGAAUCCUCGGAAAAGAAGAUGGUGUUUGUCCAAUAUGCGAUGAAAGAAAGAAUCGCGGUGACGGUUUUUGACGACACAAAACUGGAUGAUGUUGUCGGAGGUUUCAAAAAGGUCCCAACCGAGCAAAAUUUGGCAAAUCAAGAAACAAAUGUCGCUAUUGUACGCGGGAAAAGCGCAUCUUUCCUUGUGCUGGUCAUGCCGCAUGCAUUGUAUGACGCCUGGUCAUUGUACCUGCUGCACCAAGAAGUCAACAAAACCUACCGGUCGCCAAACGGCAAGGCCAAAGAGACCGCAUUGAUCAAGUAUCAAAAACAUCUUGAGGAGGUAAUCAGCCAGGCAGAGAGCUCAGAGGCUCAUACUUUCUGGAACUCUCAACUAUUGAAUAUACAACCCACCAUUUUUAAAGCGCAGGCCGCUGAUCAUAGCUACUCCGGUUCUGCGCUCUUGCUCCGCAGGCAAUCCAAGUCCAACCUGACCGAGGCCCUCAAGUUCUGUAGGCAGCAAGGAGUAACACUUCAAUCCUUCGGACUUGCCUGCUGGACAAUCUUGCUUGUUCACUACACCCGCCAGAUAGAUGUAUGCUUCGGGCUCGUUCUCUCUGGUCGCACAACCGAAGAUUCGGAUCAACUGAUCUUCCCAACGUUCAACACCGUCGUUUUCAGACCGUUGAUUGCGCAAAACAUGAACAGAGCACAGACCCUGAAGGCGGUGCACGAUGCAGCUGUACGAGUCUCGGAAUAUCAACACUUUCCACUACGUGAAGCUCUUCAUAUUGCACGAGGACAGGGAGUGAAUGGAGAACUGUUCGAUACUUUAUUCACAUUUCAAAAGCUCCCAACGGCCGAGGCCGACCUCCCAGCGUUAUACGAGGAAGUCUCGCCUGAUGCAGCAUCCGUUACGCCGCCAUACCCUGUUAACGUGGAAUUGGAGGGCGAUGCAAAUGCUCUAGUCUGGACUGUUGCAUUCCAGAACGGAGUGGCCAACGAAGCAUUUGGACAAGCACUGUUAAGCAAGCUCGAUUCCGUCUUGGCAGGUCUGAUGAAUGAUCCCGACCAAGAUCUUCUGCGAGAAGGGGGCGAAAAGAUCUCAAUUUGCGGCCUUCCAGGAGUAGAACUACAGCCUAGCAAGCAAACGACGGACUCUCAGUAUGAUGAAGAUCGAGGGCAGUCCGGAAGUCAAGAAAUCUGGACUCCAACAGAGAUUAUCAUUAGAGACGUUCUCGCGAAGGUCUCCAAACUGGACAAAGAACAGAUCAAAAAGAACACCGGAUUGUUUCACAUUGGGCUGGACAGCGUCAGCGCCAUCCGAGUGGCUAGUCUGCUAAAGAAGGAGGGCAUUAAGCUUCCAGUGAGCCAGAUCAUCAGAGCACAGACACCUGAGAAGAUGGCAGUGGUCGGUGAACAGCUCAAAGGUGCUGCUAGAGAAACUGCCCGGGCAUCAGACCAGUCCACGACCAAUGUAUCAAUUCCCGAAGUCGUUAAGAAGAGUCUCGCAAUACCAGAGGGCGACCUCGACAUGAUCAUCCCAUGUUCCGCUGGUCAGACGUAUAUGCUUGAUAUGUGGAGUGCAAGCAAUGGCCAACUGUUCUUUCCGACUUUCUGGCUAAAAGUAUCGGGCGUGUCGUUAGAGGGCUUGCAGCAGGCGGCGAAAAAGCUUGUCAAAGAAAUACCACUGUUGCGAACUCUCUUUAUUCAUAGCAAUGACGGUGGAAGAUCGGAAACGUUUCAAGUUGUUGUCAAGAACGAGGCAGCCGGGAAAUAUGACCUCCCGUGGGCCAUGCGGUUCGAUACCACGGGAAACGAAGUGUUUGUCGCUCUCCGCAUUCACCACGCCUUGUAUGAUGCUGUGAGCUUCCAGCUGCUGAUUACACGGCUCGAGAGACUUUGCGGUGGGUCGGGCUCUCAAACCCAGCUUAACACAGACAUGAGCAUCCUCAUCUCGAACAACAGAGCCGCUCAUAAAAUGGCACAAGAGUUCUGGACACAUUAUCUCGAUCAAGAUCAACACUCCUUGCGGCCCAUCGGCCGAGGCUCAUUUCUAGCAGGGCGCAUUGAGAAAUUCCAUCCCAAAGUUUUGCCAGUUGACCAAAUGAGCGAUCAACUGAGGCGUCACGGACUUAGCAUCCAAGCACUCUUCUUUGGCGCAUACGCCAGAUUAUAUGCGAGAAUUCGUCGCCAACCAGUCGCAGGACAGCAAGUGGCAAAGCCUGGGUCAAAUGAUGUUGUGAUUGGGAUCUAUCUUGCGAACCGGUCAGUUGAUAUCGACGGAAUCAUGCAAUUGGCUGCUCCGACAUUCAGCAUUGUUCCGCUAAGAAUUCAAGCUGACCAGGAGAACCUUCUUCUAUCAGCUCUGCAAGUACAGCAUGAUCUAAGCGAAAUCACCAAGGCAGAGAACUGCGGGGUUAGUAUGAGGGAUAUUUAUGCCUGGAGUGGCACCAAAGUCGACACUUUUGUCAAUUUCCUAUCUCUUCCGGGCGACGAGGAGGACUCGUGGUCACUUGGGGAUCAACACAGCGAAGUACGAGUCACCCAGGCAAAAUUGGCACCCGAGCAGAAGGAUAGACUUCAGGAUCUUGAAGCGCCCUCGCCUUUCUUCAAGGGCAUCGGUGUCGAUGCGGAUGCCACGGAGUGGUGCUUGCCUGCUAUUGACGUCGAAGCCAAAGUUGAAGACGGAUACUUGGGCAUUGGCAUCUUCGCGCCAGAAGACUUGCUUUCCGAAGACGAGGUCACUAGGAUUAUAGAUGGCAUGAGAAGUUUAUUGCUGAAUUUCUCCUAG